AUGGACCAAAACGUCGCCCGGGAAGUAGCCAGGGUCGUGGCAGCCGUCUGUGUUGGACUACUAACGGCACCCGCGAUCAGCUACGGCUGGAAAAUGAAGGCUCGCCUCGGGGGCUAUGUCCCCGUAAACGUGGCAGAGCACUACGAAGACAGGGACGGUGUGGCCACUGAGGCAUCGACCCAGUCGUAUUCAGACAUGAAGGCGAGAAUCGCAGUCUGGCUUGGUGUUUGCAUCGGCCUGGUCUCGUCCUUUGCGUCAAGGGUGGUAGCCUUGACGCUCUUGCAGCCACCGGGUCACCAAACCGGCUCCUCGUUACUGUCGAAAUUGUCCUCGUGGGCUGAUUUACUUUCCUGGGUCUUUUUAUCAGCCCAGUGUGCAUGUUUCCCUGCUCAGCACCAGUAUCUCGAACGGUUUCGUUUGACUGUUUUUGGGCUUUUCUCGUCCUUGCUCCUGGCUGCUUCUGUGGCCCUGCGCCACGGACAGUACUUCACGUCCGUCCAGGACCUUCUGUGCCUGGCUCAACUGGUAUCGGCCGUGUCCGCAGCCUGUGCCUUUGCUUCGUUCCCGCGCCGCCCAGACGUAUACCACAGGGGCCAGUUAGUCGACCAGCAAUACACCGUGUCGCUGCUGGCUUUCUUCUUGUUCUCUUGGAACCAAGCCGUCUUUGGAGUUACCAAGGAACGGCAGAUGGAGAUCGAAGACAUGCCAGGCUUAGACUUUCGUACUCGCUCCACGAACCUGCAGUCCAGGUUCCUCGAGGGGUGUGGUGAUGGGCCCCUCUGGCGAAAGCUCGUUAGAUUCGGGACUCGCGACCUCGCCCUGCAAUGGUCCUUUACACUGCUUCUCUCUUUGUUGUCCAUGUUCCCGCAGCUGGUUCUCUUCAACUUUCUGUCCACGAUUGAGAGUAGACAAGGGCGCGCGUCUUCCCAUCUUGUCCUGUACCUCUGGGUCUCUGGCCUGCUUGCCAGCCAGUUCCUCCAAGCAGUAGCCACCAACAUGUUGAAAUGGGUCACAGUGACCCGCCUUGAGAUUCCAGUGGGGUCUCUCCUGCAGUCGUUGGUGUUUUCCAAGGCCCUCAGGCAGUACGAUACGGCCGCUCUCCACCCUGUCGAGGGGGAGGGGGACAACAACAAACGGAUCGAGGGAGCAAGUCGAAAGAAAAAGGGUGACCGAAGAAAUCAAGAGGCAGGGCAAUCCGUCGUCGCCCUCGCAAAGCUGGACAGUUCAAUCGUUGCCAACUUCUGCCAGUACAAUAAGGAUCUUCCCAUGGCACUCUCCAAGCUCGCGCUUGUGGGCGGCUUCCUCGUUCACUUGAUGGGUUGGAUGCCGGUGCUGUGCGGUAUGGGAGCGACUGCUCUGGUGUUGCCCCUGAGCAUAGGGACGUCACGCAAGCUGCGCGUGCUCAACGCCAGCCUGAUGAAGAGCCGAGACGGCAAGACGAAUCUCCUGGACGAGGCGCUGCAAGGCAUACGCCAGAUCAAGUACUCGGCUCUCGAGCCGCAUCUGGAAGAGAAGAUUCUGGCGAACCGAAACGACGAACUCAAACAGCUCCGGAAAGUAUCCAUGUGGCAGUGUCUGCAUGUCUUCCUCACCUCGCUGGGCCCGCUGCUGCUUGCCAGCAUCGCUUUCUUUGUGUAUCUUUGGCAGCAAGGAACACAGACCAAGGCAUCCGUCGUUUUCACUGCUCUCGGUUUGUUUGGGCAGCUGGAGGAAGCCGUUCGUCUGCUGCCGCCUCUGCAUUCCGUUCUGCUCCAGGCGUGGACAAGCGCCUCGAGGCUCGAAAAAUACCUUGGGCAGCCCGACAAAGGACCAGGCUCGGAGCCGGGAAAGGCCAUCGCUUUUAAGCAUGCCACUGUGAUAUGGCCAAGUCUUCGAAAGACUGAAACCCCAGCGGAAGAUUUAGCUGAGCAGCCAAUAACCCGCUCCAGACUCACUGACGUUACCUUGGAGUUCCCAAAUGGCGAGCUGAGCGUGGUUACUGGCAAGACAGGGUCUGGAAAGAGUCUUCUCCUCGCGGCAAUCUUGGGCGAAGCAAGACUUGUUGCUGGUCGAGUAUACGUGCCAAGCCCACCUCUCUUCAUGGAACGUCCCGAGUCGAUCCCAGAUUCACAAUGGGUUGUUCCCCAGUUGACAUGCCUAGUCUCGCAGACGCCCUGGAUUGAGAGCGGCACCUUGAGAGACAAUAUCUUGUUUGGGCUCCCCUUUGUCGAGCGCCGCUACCGCAAGGCUAUCGCCGCCUGCGCUCUUGAGAAAGAUAUUGAGCUGCUCGCCGACGGCGACAGCACCGAGGUCGGAUCCAGAGGUGUCAUAUUGUCCGGUGGGCAGCGCUGGCGGGUAGCUCUCGCCCGGGCUCUGUAUUCUCGCGCCGGUAUCUUGGUCCUCGACGACGUCCUCAGCGCCGUCGAUGCCCACGUGGCUAGGUAUAUCGUUGACGAAGCCCUCUCUGGCGAGCUGGCGCACGGCCGGACUCGGAUCCUGGCAACCCACCACCCCGAGCUCGUCCUCUCCCGCGCAAGCUUUCUGGUUCACCUCCGAGGUGGCCAUGUCGAGUCGGCAGGAUCACUCCUGAGCGAUUACAAGGCUGUUGCGUUCGCCAUAGCAUCAGCCACCGAGCUAGUCGGUAAGCCCUCGGAGACUGGGCAGCUCCGACUCCUAGGAGCUAGAGAGAAUACCGGGAGAGACCGACAGGACAAAGAGAAACGGCAGACUGGGCCUGUGAACUGGGGGGUUUACAAGGCCUACUUCGAAAUCAGCGGCGGCGCCUUGUUUUGGGGUGGUGGGAUAGCUGUAAUCCUGUUCUUGAAUCUCCUUGGGGUCGCCCGCACGUGGAGUCUCAAGGAAGUGUCCCAGCACGCGGCCGCGGGGCCCAAGGCGGUUCUUAUGUCGGGUAUUGAUGCCUUUCGUGUCCGAAGCAGCCUGUUCGACCGCGAAUCAGGGGCAAGAGGCUCUGAGACCAGAAUUGGUUUUUGGAUGACUGCAUAUGUCGGCUUCGGCUUCUUCAUUGCAUUCCUCGAGAUGCUCCGGGUCAUGGUGGUCUUCCAUAUCGGCCUCAAGGCGUCCAAGCUACUUUUCCAACGCAUGGUCCACGCCGUCCUCCGAGCCCCUUUGCGGUGGAUCAACAAGGCGACUUCGGGCCGGAUCCUCAACCGCUUCAUCUCCGACAUGACCACGAUGGACAUGAGCCUCGCGCAAAAGAGCUUUGCCUUACUAAACGCCGUUCUCUCUCUGGUCAUCAUCAUCGGGGCUGGCCUCUCGGUAUCCUUCUCUGUCACCUUCGUUAGCAUGCUUCUCUUUGUAUACUACAUCCGCACCGCGCAGCAGUACAUGGACAUGUCGCGCGAGGUAAAGCGGCUGAACUCAAUCUCGCACUCCCCCAUCUACGACCAUGUCAGCUCUGUUCUCUCUGGGCUCUCGACUAUACGCGCGUUCAGGCGUACCCAUUUCUACAUGGAUCGUAUGUGCGACCUUAUCGAUGACAGCUCGCGGGUCUCGUGGUCGCUGUGUCUCUCCAAUCGCUGGAGGUCUCUUCGCAUGGGCACGCUAGGCGCCUUCUUCGUCAGCGCCGUUGCUUCGGCUGUGGCCAUCACGGGCGUCGACGUCGCUCAAGCCGGCUUCAGCUUGUCGUUUGCUUUGCGCUAUACCAAGACGCUCACGUCUCUUCUCCAGGCCUUGACGUACGCCGAGCUCGGCUUCAAUUCGUGCGAGAGGGUGAUGGAAUAUGCCGCGAUCGAGACGGAGCCUGAGGGCGGGCAGGACCCCCCAGCGGGCUGGCCCUCCGAAGGAAAAAUUGCUGUCGACAACUUGACGGCCGCGUACAGCAGCGACAUCGCCCCGGUCCUAAAGGAUCUGACAUUUGUCGUCAGGCCUGGAGAGCGGUUUGGAAUUGUGGGACGCACAGGUGCUGGAAAGUCCACCCUAGCAGCCGUUCUCUUCCGUCUCCUCGAGCCUAGCAGCGGGGCUGUCUGCAUCGACAACAUCGAUAUUUCGACCCUUAAACUAACCGGGCUGCGGAGCCGACUGGCCAUUAUCCCCCAAGAUCCAUUUCUGUUUUCCGGAACCCUACGCUCAAGCCUACUUCCAGCGGGAAAGGCUCUUGGCGAUGACAUCCUGCUUGCAGCACUGAGGCGCGUAAAUCUGAUCGAUCCACGCUCAGCAUGUCGGACCACGGCACAUCAUCAGGCCGGAAAUGGUGAUGCCGAGGCGGCAUCUACCUCAUUGUCGGUCUCCUAUCCAACCGAUAUCUCGCCUACAGAUCAACCCACUUGGGGAGACGCGCCUACAGGCGCCAGAUCAGAGAACAGCCCGCCGGCACAUGUCGAGCUUAGCCCCGGACCGGAGAGUUCCAAAAGACGGCCUCAGUCCAACACAAUCCCAGACAACACUUUUGCGGGCCUGUCGACGCCCAUCAGCCAGGGCGGCAGAAACCUUUCGCAAGGACAACGGCAGCUCGUGUGCCUAGCAAGGGCACUGUUGACGCGGCCGCGCAUUCUCGUUCUCGAUGAGGCCACUAGCGCCGUCGACCACGCCACCGAUGCUGCCCUGCAGGCCUCGCUGCGUCGGGAGUUCGCCACCACCGGUUGCACCGUCAUUGUCAUCGCCCAUCGCCUGUCCACCAUAGCCGACUUUGACCGCAUCCUGGUGUUGGAGAAGGGCCAAGUGGCCGAGAUUGGCAGCCCGAGGGAAUUGUUCGAGGAGGGGCAGCGGCUUGCGGCGGCCAAGGAGGCUGACAUCAAAACACCCAGCGACGGGGCCGAUAUAGUUGAAGAUAAAGGAAAGGGCAAGGCCAGAGGGGCAUUUUAUGAGCUGGUUCAGAAGAGCGCCGAUCGGGACAGCCUCAUGAACAUGAUCUUGUGUCCGGAGAAAGGCGGCACUUAG